AUGACGGCCAUUGGACUGAGCCUGGUGGCCUGCCCCGUGGUCUCCGCGGGUGCCCUUGCGCACAUGCGGACGCUGGCCACGGAGGACUACUGCGACAACGUGCUGCUGGAGUGGAUGACAAUGCUGGCGCUGCGCGACCACGUGCACGCACACGGCGACGACCCAGCACAGGUCCGGCUGCGGCGCAUUGUGCCGCUCUUCCUCGGGAGCGCGUGGCUCAACAGCAACAGCACCAGCGCGAGCAGCGACAGCGGCAGCGGUCUCGCGGGGGAAGGCAGCACUGGCGAUGGGGGCGGGGAUUCCUUUGGCGCCAUCCGCGAUGUUGCGAUGACGCUACCGGACGUCGUGAGCAAGGAGACGGCUGCGUCGCUGGACCAGUACUUUGCGCAAGUGCUGCACGCGCCGCCGCCCAGCAAGCACCGGAGUGUGCGGGAGGCCGUUCUGGCGCUGUUUGACAUUGACGCCGUGGUUGGCGUUGGGACGCAGGGCGGCGGCGACAGCAGCCGGGCGGUGCAGCUGCGGUCGCACGCGGACACGGUGCGCAAGGUCGUGGCGAAUGCGCGGGAGGAGCACGCCGAGAACGGCGGCGGCAGUGAUGGUGGUGACGAGGAUAUUGAUGGUCGUGGUCGUGGUCGUGGCAAGGCAGGAGGCAGCAGCCAGAGGGCAACCGGCGAUGCGGAGCAAGCACCUCGUGGUGCGGCGGCGGCAAAGCAAGGGCAGCAGGGUGCACGCCACACAUCCUCAGGCGGACCGCCACGCGGCUUUGCGAUGAACCGUGACCUGGAGCAGUGGCUGGCGGAGCUGGAUGUGUUGGAGGACGUGUACGAUGCGUUUGCGCAGCUUGGCAUCAAGACGUUUGACAUGCUUGAGCUGCUCGUUGAGGCGGGGGACGUGACGGCGGCGUCGCUGCAGGGGCAGGGUGUUGCGGUUGCGCCUGCGCGGCUGGUGGUGCAGCGGGCGAACCAGCGCCGCCGUGCUGCACGCGGCGCGGCACCAAAGCCAAGGGUCUGCAUGCUGAUCUAG